CAUCUCAUAAACUCACAUCUAUCUCAAGUCUACACUUUUAAAACCAACUAUAAGCUGUAGGAAAUAGAGCUUACAUUUCUAUACGACGUUGAAGGGAGAUACGAGGUUGAGUAAGUGAUAGUCGGAUUUGCAAAAUGACCGAGGCCUCGAAUGUAUAUUCAUAUAUAAGGAGGGGGCGAGAUGGUCCUAGCAUCAGUUGCUCGCUGUCUUCUGGCUAUCAUACAAACAUGAAAUCUUUCGCUUGCGUGGUCCUCCUCGCGGCCGCCGCCAUGGCCGCCCCCGGCACCCAGGGGCAGCGCGACAAGCGCGGCUACCUGUCCGGUUGGUCGUCGGGCCACCACGGCUACAGCCUGGACUACGCGCCCGCCGUCUCCUACAGCCUGCACGAACCGCUCCACAGCCUGAGCAUCGCGCCGGCGCACAAGAUCGUCUCCUACGACAAGGUCGUGCAUGAACCUCAGAUCGUGCAGGUAAAGAAAAUAGUCUCCGUCCCGAAGGUGGUGACCGUGCCUAAGGUGGUCUCCGUCUCCAAGAUCGUAGAGGAACCCCAAAUCUCCUACAGCAGCAUCGGAUCCCACGGCAGCUUCGGAUCCUACGGCAGUAUUGGAUCCAUCGGAUCCCACGGCAGCAUCGCAUCUCAUGGCUGGUGGUGA